AACCCCUUUUUCCGAGAGUUUUUUAUGAAGAUGCACCUGAGAAUAGCUAGCUAUUAGCUGUCUAACGCUAGUAGCUACCAAGUUAGCUACACACAUCAUUGUUUCGCAGUACUCCACUUUGGAAUUUGAUAACUCUUCAACGUGGUUUCUUCUACUGAGUACUGUACUCUACUGUAAAAAGACCAUGGCAUGCCAGCAUGUGUCUGCUUGUCCCACCUUGAGAUCAUCAUGGAGAGUGGCUCUUGAUGCUGCUUGUAGAGUCAGCCAGCCAUGGAAGGGGAGUAGGUUGUCCUACUCUGGCUUUGCUCCCAUGGAGCCAGGUCACCAGGACAGACGUAAAGAUGACUCCACCAUCUUGGCUGAACAGACACUGCACACACCUGUCAUGCUCAAAGAAGUGCUCCGAUGUUUAGAUAUUCAACCUGGCCAGGUUGUUCUGGACAUGACCUUUGGAGGUGGAGGUCACACCAAAGCCAUCCUGAAGGCAUCUCCUGAGGUGACAGUAGUGGCCCUAGACCGAGACCCCACAGCAUUCAGCUUAGCUCAACAGCUGGCCAAGGAACACAGUGGCCGGGUGCACCCGUUACUGGGGCGCUUCAGUGAGCUGGGAGCCCUGCUGUCUAGACUGAGGUUGCAGUCAGGUAGUGUGGAUGCUGUUCUUCUGGAUGCUGGCUGCUCCUCCAUGCAGAUGGACUGUCCCGAGAGAGGCUUCUCCCUCAGUAAGGAUGGCCCUCUGGACAUGAGGAUGGAUGCAGAAAGGUACCCCGACAUGCCCUGCGCCGCUGACGUUGUGAACGCCUUAGAUCAACAGGCUCUUGCGUCCAUCCUCACUGCCUAUGGGGAGGAGAGGCACGCCAGGAAAAUAGCCUCGGCAAUGGUGGAGGCACGCAGUGUCUACCCCAUCACCCGGACACAGCAGCUGGCCAGCGUGGUGGCAGGAUCUUUUGCAGCCAGCGCUCUCUAUGCCCGCAAAGAUCGGCUUCAGCGGCCCUCACACGUUGCCACCAAGACAUUUCAGGCGCUGCGUAUGUUUGUCAAUGAUGAGCUGAAUGAACUGCAUGCUGGACUCUGCACUGCUCAGACAAUGCUUAAACCUGGCGGCCGCCUCUGUGUGCUGACCUUCCAUUCACUAGAGGACCGCUUGGUAAAGCGUUUUCUCCAUGGAGAGGAUGUAGGUGCCCCACCCCGUCGGAGUCUCCGUCAGAGAGUCCAGCGAUGGGAGGAAGAGGAGGAAGAAGAGAAGGAUGGGGAAAAGGACAGUGGUCACUGGGUUGACCUCCAGAGAGGGGUGCUGAUGCCACAGGCAGAAGAUGUACUGGAGAAUCCACGGGGACGCUCAGCCAAACUCAGGGCAGCAUUCAAACAAUAACCCUCUGGAACUUGGCCUCAACCUGCACCAAUUAAAUCUUCCUUGUUUUUUAACUAGACUACAGAACCACAGGCUGGUCUUCGUCAGACACGAGCAUACUGAUCAUAUCCAGGCACAGUCUCACUGGUGUCGGUCGGGUGACAUACAGAACAAGUGCCUUGUUAAUGGUGGAACUCUGAGGCUGACUGGUAUUUAACUGCCAUGCACUAAUAGUCAACAAUCCAUGUAGGCAUGUGCUCUGUAGUUCGUAGUAUACUGUGUGUUGGCACUGAGUAUUUAUUUCAUUUAGUUUAAGUGACUUGUGUACACUACUUGAAGUAUAGGAAACACAAUUGUGCUGAGUUGAAGAUAUCAAAGGUUAAGACAAGGAUUCUAAUAUCCCAUAACUCUUUGCAUAAAUGAGAAAGAAUUGGAAAACAAAGGGGUCAGCUAUGCUAGUUAGCAACGGCGCUGGUCCCAUGAAUCUAUUUUUCGAAAUAUUCUAAUCUGGGUAUCUUCAACCUUGGCUGAAGCCGGGUUUGUUCAACCUAGGCUGAAGCCGGAGAUAUGGAAGACAAAAAGUCUCUCUCCCACUCACUCACUCAAUUUGUACUGCAUUACUUUAUGGCUGAGCUGACACAGUUGCAUACAGUAACAGUUCUGUCUUGAAUUCUGAGUUUCCUCAGUUCUCCCCGUUGGCUGAACCCAUAAUGUCUUUGCUCUUUUGACUAAUUAAUUAAUCAGAACAAUGUUGCCUCCAACCGACUGAUGAGUAUCCAGAUCAACGGAUGUAGGCACUAACCUCCCUCACUGAUGUCUGUAUACUCCAGCAAUGAGAUGACAACUUCCUAGGUAGUUUUGGCCGAAUGUGUACUGCACUGCACUGCAUGAAUCAGUAAUGUCUUUAAAUACCAAGUGACUCAAGUGUCACAAGUGGCGGUGAAUGAGCGGAUGACUGUUUCGUUCAUGAGCCUUCUCCUCCAACUGUUAACAGAUGAGGUGUUUUGAUCUGUACUAUUGGACUUUGUCUAUUUGUAAUUGCUCCAUCAAGAGGAUCAACACUUUUCUUCCCCUCUGCCUCGUUCUGUACACUCUAAAUAUACACUUCUUGUUACCUUGGAAACUAAACAGCACAAGUAACAUUUAACUGUGUUUAAAUGCGUUUUCUGUUUUAAUCUUCUGCGAAACAAUGCAAUGUAAAAUUUUGACGUCACACAAUCGUCAUGGUUAUUUGAAUUCAAUUUGAAAUAAGAAUGGUAAUCCUGUUUGAUCUGUUCUUUAAUGGAUGUUCCAAGGGUUUUAAGCCCCUUACUCUGUAGACCCCCAUUUCUCCCCUCUAAUCAGGAAUGAUUCAGACAUGUAACACCUGGUGUGUGGAAUCGGAAUUCAAAACUCAAAAUGUGACUCUCUCCCUUUUGAUGACCACUAUAUAACUAUGACUCAUAAUCGUGCAACUGGUGACAAUUCAAACCAUAAAUUCUUCUGUAGAUAUCCGCCAGCACCUGUACACAUCAUCUGCCUUUUCCUUCCUGUACACCCUCUCUGCCACCUGACCAAAUUAAAGCUUUCUUCAGUUCUCCCAAGUUUGUCUAACUUUAACCAAUUUAACAAACGUUGCUUUGUUUCCCCCCACUUCUCGUAACCUGUCAGCUUUUGUCUUUUACUAGUAAGGAACCCCUCAACACGUAGCAAAUUCCACAUUCUUCUUUACACUCAAAACUAUCAACAAGUAUUUUGUAUUAACUAAAGCGGUCAAAAAUUGUUGUCAGUUUUCUCUGUUUUAGACUGCAUGCUCUUGUUCAUGGAUCCUGAUUUGUUAAUAUUAAGACUUGUAAUGUACAGUUGUGGCCAAAAGUGUUGAAUGACACAAAUAUUAAUUUUCACAAAGUUUGGACCCAAAAUAUCGAUGUUUUGUUCUCCGAGCCACAUAGUUAUCACUUUUGCCUUAUGGCAAGGUGCUCCAUCAUACUGGAAAAGGCAUUGUUUGUCACCAAACUGUUCCUGGAUGGUUGGGAGAAGUUGCUCUUGGAGGAUGUGUUGGUACCAUUCUUUAUUCAUGGCUGUGUUCUUAGGCAAAAUUGUGAGUGAGCCCACUCCCUUGGCUGAGAAGCAACCCCACACACGAAUGGUCUCAGGAUGCUUUACUGUUGGCAUGACACAGGACUGAUGGUAGCGCUUACCUUGUCUUCUCCGGACAAGCUUUUUUCCGGAUGCCCCAAACAAUUGGAAAGGGGAUUCAUCAGAGAAAAUGACUUUACUCCAGUCCUCAGCAGUCCAAUCCCUGUACCUUUUGCAGAAUAUCAGUCUGUCCUGAUGUUUUUCCUGGAGAGAAGUGGCUUCAUUGCUGCCCUUCUUGACACCAGGCCAUUCUCCAAAAGUCUUUGGCUCACUGUGCGUGCAGAUGCACUCACACCUACCUGCUGCCAUUCCUGAGCAAGCUGUUGUACUGGUAGUGCCCCGAUCCCGCAGCUGAAUCAACUUUAGGAGACGGUCCUGGCGCUUGCUGGACUUUCUUGGGCGCCCUGAAGCCUUCUUCACAACAAUUUAACCUCUCUCCUUGAACUUCUUGAUGAUCCAAAAAUGGUUGAUUUAGGUGCAAUCUUACUGGCAACAAUAUCCUUGCCUGUGAAGCCCUUUUUGUGCAAAGCAAGGAUGACGGCACGUGUUUCCUUGCAGGUAACCAUGGUUGACAGAGGAAGCACAAUGAUUCCAAGUACCACCCUCCUUUUCAAGCUUCCAGUCUGUUAUUCAAAUUCAAUCAGCAUGACAGAGUGAUCUCCAGCUUUGUCCUCGUCAACACUUACACCUGUGUUAACGAGAGAAUCACUGACAUGUCAGCUGGUCCUUUUGUGGCAUGGCUGAAAUGCAGUGGAAAUGUUUUGGGGGAUUCAGUUAAUUUGCAUGGCAUAGAGGGACUUUGCAAUUAAUUGCAAUUCAUCUGAUCACUCUUCAUAACAUUCUGGAGGAUAUGCAAAUUGCCAUCAUACAAACUGAGGCAGCAGACUUUGAAAAUGAAUAUUUGUCAUUCUCAAAACCUUUGGCCACGACAUUGUGAACAUCAAUUGAGUUAAUCUUGUGUAGAGGGGGAUGAGCAUAAAGCAGAUAUGUCAGUGGUUGUAAAUGAGACUGACCUGUGCUUGUAUGUUCUCAAUUACCAUGGAAACAGUGGCUUAAGUGAACAGUCGUUGGGAUAACUUGCUCUAUUAUUAACAGCCAUGUAUCAAUCCAUGGAUUGAAUUACUACCAAGUAAUAAGUAAUACCUACCAGGAAGAUGUUAAUCAGUUCUCAGAAGCCCGUUUCUGGCUAAGUCUUUCAGUUUGCAGACAAGAGUUACACACGUCCGUUCCCAUGUACUAACAAAAGGUGUGUAUUGGGUCAGUUGCCAUAGGAACAAACUCACAAAACCGAUUUCUUAACUCACCUCAGUUUUCUGAGAGAGGAUUUACAGAGGAAAAUUGUAACUGAAUGCAAAUAAUAAAUGAAAUCCAGUCCUUU